AUGACAGCUCAUGAUCAGAUCAGGAAGAUGUUAGACGAACUUAUGGGAACAGGCAGAGACGGAGAAAAGCGACAGAAUACGAUUCCAUUCACUGACAGUCGCGUCUGUCGGAGUUUCCUCCUGGGUUGUUGUCCGCACGAGGUGUUGGCAAGUACCAGAAUGGACAUGGGCGAGUGCCCAAAAAUUCAUGAUCCUGCCCUAAGGGCUGACUUUGAAAAGGCACAAAGCGAAAAGGACUACUUUUACGACCUUGAUGCAUUAGAUCACCUGGAGCGAUUUUUUGAAGACUGCGACAGAAAAACAGAAUUAGCCAAAAAGCGUCUUGCAGAUACCCAGGAAGAGUUGAAUGCUGAAGUUUCAGAAAAGGCCAACGGUAUAUUAGAACUGAACGAAUCAAUAGGAAAGACGUUGGCUGAAGCGGAAAGGCUCGGUAGCGAAGGCAAGGUUGACGAGUCUUUAAAGCUGAUGGAAAAGGUGGAGCAGCUUAGAAAGCUUAAACAGACGGCUGAUCAAGAUUAUCGCAAUUCAAUGCCGGCCAGCAGCUACCAGCAGCAGAAGCUACGCGUAUGUGAAGUGUGCAGCGCCUAUCUGGGGAUUCACGACAAUGACCGUCGUCUUGCAGAUCACUUCGGCGGCAAGCUUCACAUGGGCUUCGUGUUUCUUCGCGAGGAACUGGCUUCGUUACGGGUAAGUUGUGGUGUCCCGGAUGGGAAUCACGAAGUCAUGGGCCUUCUCUAUGUUUAA